AUGAAGAUGAUUCCGCAAGACUUGAAGAACUGGCCAAUUUUUAGUUUUCUAGAACAAACAUUUCUAUCAAAAAUUCAUAUGGUUCUGGUAUAUGGUAGUUCAGGUAAUGAAGCUUUAAUUGUAACACAAGAUGGAACAGUAUAUGGUAUUGGAAGAAAUAGAUAUGGGUGUCUUGGGAUCGGUGAUACACACAGUACCUAUUAUCCAAAAAAAGUUGAAGCUUUAUGUGGAAAGGGUGUCAAAACUUUUGCAUAUGGCAAAGGUGCUUAUGUUUUAGCCCUCACAGAUAAAGGAACGGUGUAUUCGUGGGGUGAUGAUGGUUGUGAUCGCAGAACUUUGUCCCAUAAACUUAUCAUAGCACCAACUAUUAUGUGUAUAAAUCUUAGUAAAAAAUUUAUUGUGAAGAUAGCCUGUGGAAGUCAGCACUCUUUGGCCUUAACGGAUGAUGGAGAGUUAUAUGCAUGGGGCCGAAACAAUUAUGGACAACUAGGUGAAGGUGAAGACACCAAUCACAAUGCACCAAGAAAAGUAUACUUCAACUUAAAAAAUGAAAAACUCAUUCGUAUUAGUUGUGGAGAUUCAUUUAGCAUAGCAGUAACAGACAAUGGAAAGGUUUAUAGUUGGGGUUACAAUCGUGUUGGUCAAUUAGGAAUUGGAAAUUAUUUGCUUCAAGUAAAGCCAUGUGAAGUCCAAGCACUUGCUGGAGUUCUAAUAAAAAAAGUAGUUUGUGGUUAUGGGCACUGUUUAGCAUUGAGCAACGAAGGUAACAUUUAUGUCUGGGGUGCAAACUGUUAUGGAGAACUGGGUCUUGGCACAAACUCAAAUGUCCACAGUCCAAUAAAGUUGGAAGUGCCAGAAAUGGGAAGAGUGUUGGAUAUAGCAGCUCAUCAUUACAAUCAUAUAAGUAUAGGUAUAGGAGAAGUCUUACACGAGAAUUAUCUAAUUGACUCUCUAAAAAAAGCAUUCGACGAUCCAUCCAUUAGUGACCUCACUAUUCAAGUGCAGGGUAUCCCGAUUCAUGUACACAAAUCCAUUUUGAAGAUUCGUUGCGAAUACUUUAGAACGAUGUUCCAGGGGGACUGGAUGGAAAGUAAUCAGUGUGUUAUAGAACAUGACCUGUUUUCAUACGAUACAUAUAAAGCUUUUUUGAAGUACUUGUACACCGACGAAGUUGACCUGCCUCCAGAAAACGCUUUAGAACUCUUAGAUUUAGCAAACGCUUACUUCCACGAUCAGUUAAAGAGACGUUGUACACAGAUCAUAAAAAGAGGUAUUACCGUGAAAAAUGUGCUCCUUCUGUACAGCAAAGCUAUCAAGUACAAAAUUACGAACUUAGAGGAGUAUUGCUUUAAUUUUGCUGUGAAAUACAUGACUGCAGUGAUACAAUCUUCGAAUUUUUUUGAAAUAGAUGAAUUCACAACGAAAACUUUUAUACUUAAAGCUUCACAAGCGGGUGCAUUUAAGACAUAACUCGCAAUGCUUGUUGUCGGAACAUAUUGUGUGUGUAUUUUCUCGACCGAUCAUCUUUGUACAUAUUUGUUUGAAACUAGUCGUCAAUGGUACGAUUUGCUUACUUGUAAGUCGCUAAAAUAUGUAAGAAAUUAUAAACUUGAACUUCA